UAACCGUUUAUCACCCCUAGUUUCCUCCCUCUUCCCCAUAGGGCCAUAAUAUAAUACCACUGGUUCUCUCUUCUCCCAAUUGUCACCUUUAUCACAGCUUUCAAAGGUCCAACCCAACCAAAGGUUCCUUCCCAUAUAUUAACCCUUUGCUGUCCUUUAGAUUAUUUCCUUUCCUCAAAUAAACAAAACUCCAUAGGUUCUCCCAAAGAACACUAGAACAGUAUCCCAUUGUCUCUCUUGAGCCUUGUCUCUUGCCAUCUUCUUGGUUUUACUUUUAUAUAUGCGAACCAACUUCACAACUUUCCCCUCCAUUUCUCCCCACUCUCUGCAGAGAAAAGCCUGCUGUGAAUGCCAGAGUUCUGAAUUUGCAUGUUCUGUUAAACGCAAGCUACAGUAAUAUUUGCAUAUUGAUCUCUCUGCCUUCCUGGAGGAAAAAACUAUGCCUCCAACGUACUUACCCUUGAGAUGGGAAAGCACAGGAGACCAAUGGUGGUAUGCUGCCCCAAUAGAUUGGGCAGCAGCCAAUGGCCACUAUGACUUAGUCAGACAGCUCCUCAAAAUCGACAACAACCACCUCAUCAACCUCACAUCCUUGAGACGAAUUCGUCGCCUCGAGACAGUGUGGGACGAUGAGCAAUCCUCAUCCUCCUCGUCCCUUGACGUGGCUAAAUGCCGGUCCCAUGUGGCUAGGAAGCUCUUCAUAGAGUGUGAAUCGAGCAAGAGUAGUGGUGGGAAGAGCAAUUCCCUUGUGGCAUCUGGAUAUGGUGGAUGGCUCAUGUACACGGCUGCCUCAGCUGGGGACUUGAACUUUGUUCAAGAGCUCCUUCAGAAAAACCCCUUGCUUGUGUUUGGUGAAGGAGAGUAUGGUGUUACUGAUAUACUCUAUGCUGCUGCUAGGAGCAAGAACAGUGAAGUUUUCAGGCUGGUUUAUGACUUUGCUGUCUCUCCAAGGUUCUUGGCUGCAAAAGGUGGGGGUUUGGAGGAGCAUUUAGGGGACAUUCCUCUCACGUACAAGUGGGAAAUGUUGAAUAGAGCUGUUCACGCUGCUGCUAGAGGUGGGAAUGUUUCCCUUUUGAAGGAUCUUCUUACUAACUGUAGUGAUGAGAUCUUGAGCUAUAGAGAUAAGCAAGGAUCCACCAUCUUGCAUGCUGCGUCAGCCAAAGGCCAAGUUGAGGUGGUUAAGUAUCUUAUAUCAACCUUUGACAUGAUCGAAUCAACAGACAAUCAAGGCAACACAGCAUUACAUAUUGCAGCUUACCGCGGCCAGCUACACGUAUUCCAAGCUCUAGCCGAAGCAUCUCCGUCGAUGCUUGCAUCUACUAACAAUGCUGGUGAGACUUUCCUCCACAUGGCAGUCUCAGGCUUCCAAAACCCUGCAUUCAGAAGACUGGACAAGCAGAUUGAGCUCAUGAAGCAGCUGAUUCGUGAGGGAAGUUUCCAUAUCGAAGAAGUUAUCAAUGCCAAGAACAAUGAUGGAAGAACAGCACUCCACACUGCAAUCCUUGCCAAUAUGCACUCUGAUCUUGUCCAGCUCCUGAUGGCCGUCGAAUCAAUCGAUGUGAAUGCUCGAGACGCAGAUGGAAUGACCGUGCUUGAUUUGCUUAAGCAGCGCCCUCGUUCUGCUUCUUCUGAUGUCCUGAUCAGGAAGCUGAUCUCUGCUGGUGGGAUUUUCAGUUGCCAUGAUUACACGGCAAGGAGAGCCAUUGCUUCGCGGCUUAAGCUGCAAUCUGGGUUAGGAAGUCCAGGGACUUCCUUUAGACUCUCCGAUACAGAAGUUUUUCUCUAUACUGGAGUUGAAGUUCGAGCAAAUGGUGGACAAGGCAAUGGAGGAAUGAGUUCAUCUUCCUUGGAACUGAAUCAGGUGGAUUAUACAACGGCGAAGAAAGAAGAAGAUGAGACUCCUAGCCAUGCUGCUCAAGGGCUGAAAAGGGUACUCCAAUGGACCAGGAAAAAGCAUAGGAAGCCUGCUGAAGGACACAACAGAAAUUGCUCAGUAGCUUCAUCAUCAAGGAGAUGCAGUACAGUAACAGCAGCUAGUACUACUGCUUCAGAUGAAAACCAAGCAGCAGCCCCACUUCGCCAUCGAUUCUCUACCAAGCUAUCAUUAACACCACCAUCUACAGCAAGCAACAAGAGGACACUGGCAGUUAGGAGCAACCAAUCAAGUCCAACAGCCAAGAAGAAGCUUGCUUCUGGGGCAUUAGUCCAUGGAGUCGUUCAGGCAUUGCCACAGAUCGCAGUUCCUGGAGCGAGAUCACGGUCUAGUUCGUUCUCCAAAUCGUCCCUCUCUUCUCCAUGCUCAAAGGGUGUGCUUGGUGAAGCCGAGGGAUUGGAUGGAGGGUCGCCGAGCUCGAAACACAACCACCACCACCAUCAGCAUCAUCGGAGGUCGAGGAGUCAGUACUUUUGCUUUGGAGGGUCAGGCGUUUCAGUGAAGAGUCCAGUUAGUAGUAGCAGGCACAGGAGGCAGCAGAGUGCUAGCUUUACUCCAUCUAUUGUGUCAGUUGCUUAACAAACAAACAAAAAAGGUGCAAGUUUUAGAGGAAAUGGCAGCUAAACUGACUGACAGAAGACUCUAGCAAAGUUCAUAAUAAGGCAUUCCCUAAUUAGUAGAAUGUCUUCUUAAUAUCUCAUCCGUUUACCUGCAUAAGCUCAAUGUAAUUUGUACCUGUGUAGUGUGUUUGAAGAUAAAGAAAUGGAAACAGCUUGUUUUCUAAACUGUGGCUGACCAAUGAGGUCUCAAAACUGAAGCCAACUGUGGGAUUGGCUUCAUUCAGAUUUGGGCUUCUGGGCCUAAUGAUUGGGCUGAAUCCUAACUUUGUAUUAUUGGACAGGCUUAGAGGUGGGUAUGGAAUUUGUCAAAUGCUGGCAUGGGCUGUAUUUGGGCUGUUCGCAUUGAUUGUUGAGGCUAAUGUGUGGCCCAUCAAAAUAUGAUGAUUGUUGCAUUUGUUUACGUUUUGCCUUCCACUUUAGGCUUUGUAUAUAUAGAAGACUU